AACAGUAAGCGUUCUUGGGAAAUAACAUGCCCACUUCUCGAACGAAAUGCCAUGCUUCGGAAAAAGUCUUUGCUCCCAGUUUGAUGACUGAUCGAGGAUUUCGGUACUUUUCAGCUUAAUUUUAUGAUGGUGUCACACGUGGUGUUAAGAUUAAAGAGAAUUUGACCCAUAAACCCAUCCACAAAUCUAACCAUCCUUACACUUGAUUUUGAACGGGUUUAUGCCCAACUUUGACGUUACGAGAUGUUGUCACCUAAAAGUGGUAUUAGUCAUGGUAGUCUGCAAACCACAUUUUUUGACUUCUCUCGUACUUGGUAUUUUCAUAAACAGGCUAGUGAUUGAAAAACUCAAGAAAACAAUCAUCGCAAUAAGAUGAGAUGGAUUGUUAAGUUAAAGUUGUUUCUUACCGAUUCAAGAGGCAAGACUUCAUCUUUCAAGAAUGUUCUUUUGAUUGUUCUUGCGAUGUUAAUGCUUCAGUUGAACUGGAAACUUCAGUAUCUUAGCCUGUGUGAGAGUGCCCAAACAGCCAGUCUGGAUGACUUUGUGUCAUGUUCAAAAGGUGGAGAAAUCAUCACUAAAACUAGCGUCAGAGAAAUAGGAAAACCACUCACGAAAAAAGUUUUUCUGACCAUUGGAAUUCCCACAGUUCAAAGAACUUUCAAAAACAAGACCGAAAGUUAUCUGGUGGCAACUUUAAACUCACUCAUAAUCCAUGGCAGCUCCGAGGAAGACCUCAAAAAUAUCUUAAUCGUCGUCUUUCUUGCCGACUCAGAAGAGUCGGCUCGGAUAAACGUCAUGGAAGAUCUGCGGUCAAACUUUGGUAAAUACUUGGACGCGAAUCUAAUUCACGUCAUUUCAGCUCCCUCCUCGUUCUACCCUCGUCUAACAGGACUUCAACAGACCCUUGGCGACGGUCCAGACAGAAUGCAUUGGCGUUCUAAGCAGGCUAUGGACUAUGUAUUCAUGUUUUAUUACAGUCAAGGCCUGGCCCAGUAUUAUCUCCAUCUUGAAGAUGACGUUACGGUUAUGCAGAAUGCUUUGAGUCAAAUACGGGAAUUUAUUAACCUCAGAGCCGGCAAACAAUGGGGUAUAUUGGCUUUCUCCGGGUGGGGUUUUAUAGGAAAACUUAUCCGCGACGACGAUUUGCGAUUAAUUGGCAGGUAUUUAGAAAAGUUUUACAAUGAAAUGCCAUGUGAUUGGCUGCUGUAUAUUUAUCUUCAAUCGCGAGGUGGAAUGAGUAUAUUGGACGAUAAAAGCAAUACUUGGACAAAGGAGCUGUUUCACCACGUUGGUCACCAGUCUUCCUCCCUUGGAACAUGAACUAGUCACCAGUCUAUUGAUCAUGUGGCAAACUCUCGAUCUAUUUAGCUAAUCAGGCAUCGACUUUCGAUCGACACAAGUCUUUGGGAGUGUGCGCGCUAUUUCUUAAAGGAGCUCAGUCAAGGUAUUUUCAGUAAUUUUGGCUACUUACAAAAUCACUCAAAUUUUAGGACACCCGAAAAUAUUAGUUUACAAAGAUAGAAAAACACCAAAGAGAUAAUGAUAAACCACAAAGAAACAAAG